UUUACUUCUCUUAAACGCCAAUGCACAUUUUAGCUAUUCUUUCGAGAAUGGCACUUUUUUUAUUUUUUCUCUUUUUUUCUUUUUUUUUCACGUCUCUUCUCAUUUCAUUUUUUCAUUCCCUUGGCAGUUUCCAGCUUUAUUGACAACUCAAAGUGCAAGCAGAGAAAAAGCAGUCAAUUCAAGCGAACGCUUUUUGUUGGGGUAUAAUCAUUAUAACGUCAACGACACAAAAAUUAGCUUUAAUUUCAAUCUUUUGCUUCAACCUCGAAUUUUCUACAACACUACAAAGAUUUCUAAAGGACCGAUUCUGAAACAAAACACAAACAACGUUCAAGUUAACUCAACUGAUAAUAGUAGGGGCUUCUUCGAAAAUGGUGGAUUUUUACAGACAAUUGAGCCUUUUUACAAUGGGCUUCAACAAAUUUGUUAACGGAGGCUUCUUCGAAAAUGGAGGGUUUUCUCAGACAAGUGAACCUUUUUACAAUGGAGGCUUCAAUAAAUUUGCUAAUGGAGGAUUUGAGGCACUUUCUGAAACUUCCAACAAAAUUACUACCAAUGAAGAAAAUAUAGAGGAGAGCAAUAAUGAAGAAAAUAUUGAUGAGUCUAUGUAA